CCUAAGCCAGUUUUCCUGUAGUGUUUCAGACUAGCAGAAGACCGUUUUUACCAGCCAAAAGUCACAAAGACAAACAGAAGGAUGCUCUGUAUCGCUCUCCUCAUUGCCGUACUGCCCUGUACGGCCAAAGAGUUUCCCGCACGAGUGAUAAAGCUGAACUCCUCUCCGCUGAGUCAAUCUGAGGUGGUCUGGUCAGCUAACAUACCCUUCAUUCUGAGCUGUGACGGACAAGCCGAUAUCAUAUGGAAGACAAGGCUCAGGAAACACCAGAAACACGUCUCACGAAAGACCCUCAGUGUCAAAAAGCCCACUACAGAGUACACAGGAACAUACCGUUGCAGUUACAAGAAUCAAACAGACUUGUACUCAGAGAUCCACAUUUAUGUUAAAGAUUCUGUCAAAGCCUUUACUACCCCUCAAAGCCUAACAAUAAUUCAAAAAGAAGGCUCAAACUACUUGCUGGACUGCUUGGUGACAAACCCAGAAAGUGCUGAGUUCUCGCUCCAGAUGGUGAAUGGAUCUGCGGUCCCAUCCGAGAUGAAUUACACCGCGGAUCCCAAACGUGGCAUACUGAUUCAAAACCUUCAGCCUAGCUACUGCGGAGAUUAUGUGUGUACUGUCAAAAUGAACGGAGUCCAAAAGAAGUCUGACAUCUUCCAAAUAACUGUGAUAGAACAAACACAACAGCCACCAGCGGUGUCACUUCCAACCAAUCGGUACGUGCGAAUUGUCGGUGAAACGCUGCAUAUCCCUUGCCACACCGAAAACCAAGAUCAUUCAUAUAACAUCACCUGGAGCUCAUCAGAAAAGGUACUGAAUUAUAAAACAAACAGAGACAAAGGAUGUGAACAAAUUUGCUUCAUUAGUCUUUUAACCAUUCAUCAAGUAAACAUGUCCGACGCAGGGAAUUUAACCUGCACUGGCCAAAAUCGAGCAGGAAAAAACAGUGUGACAGCAGUUCUCAAAGUUGUAGAUAAACCGUACAUUCAGCUUAAACCCAUCCUGCCCUCUGAAUACAAGGUGAAUGGAACAGAUAUUGAGGUGAUGCAAAGGGAUAAGGUUGAACUUGCUGUGCAAAUUGAAGCAUAUCCGGACGUUAAACGGACAUGUUGGAAAACUCCCAAAUCGAAUCACACGCACGAGGAGACAUUUAACAGGAUUAAUAAUAGUGACAACUAUAUGUCCACAAUCAUGCUGAGAAUAGUUGGAGUACAAGAUAAUGGUCACUACAUCUUCACGGCCAGGAGUGCCAGUGUCAAUGCCUCAAUUAUUUUUACAGUUCAUGUCUACCAGAAGCCCAAUACUUUGAUUAAGUGGGAAAAUGGAAUUGCCACUUGUGUGGCAACCGGUUAUCCAAUACCCAGGAUUCAGUGGUUCCAGUGUGAAGAUAUCAGAGCUAUGUGUAGUUAUAACCAAACAUCAGCUGUGGAAUUAAUGGCCACCCAGUCCACUUUGGGGGAUGUCAGAGAGUAUGAACCAGUGCUGGUGAAGAGCGUCUUACCAGUGACUAACGUGACUACUACUUUAACCUUUGAGUGUGUGGCUACAAACAUUGCUGGAGAAGAUCGUGAUACCUUUACUUUUAAAAUUUCAUAUCUCCUCAGUACUGCAUCAGUAUGGUCAACUUCAGUGUGGAUCACUGUUGUUCUCAUUGGAGCCUUGGCUCUGGCGAUCUUAGGGAUGUUAAUUCUCUUCUACAAGCACAGAAAGGCACACAAGUAUGAAAUCCACUGGAAAAUCUUUGAGGCCAAUGAAGGGAACAACUACACAUUCAUUGACCCCACCCAGCUUCCAUACGACAAAAAACUGGAGUUUCCUCGAAAUAAGCUGAAGCUUGGACAAGUUUUAGGAGCAGGAGCUUUUGGGAAAGUGGUGCAGGCAACUGCUUAUGGGCUUGUCAAGGACGAAAGCAUCACACGCGUGGCAGUGAAAAUGCUCAAGCCUAGUGCUCACUUUGAAGAAAAAGAAGCACUCAUGUCUGAACUGAAGAUCUUAAAUUAUAUUGGACCGCAUGAAAACAUAGUCAAUCUGCUGGGGGCUUGUACUCAGGGUGGACCGAUGCUGAUGAUCACAGAGUACUGCUGUCAUGGUGACCUCCUCAACUUCUUGCGUCAACGAGCAGAAACAUUUGUGAACAAUGUCCUUGGUGUUCAGAGUUUCCCAGAGAAUUCAAACCUCUACAAGAAUGUGGCUGUUCAAAAGAACCAUUCGACAGGGAUGACUUACUCUGGCUCAGAGAGCUACAAGGACGCACAAUUAACACAGAUGUCAAAAGACAUUUGUCAAGAAUCUUGUAAUGAAGGAGGGAAGGAUGCAUGGUCAUUGGAUAAUAUUGAUUUACUGAAAUUCUCCUAUCAAGUGGCAAAGGGAAUGGACUUCCUAGCCUCCAAAAAUUGUAUUCACAGAGAUUUGGCUGCACGGAAUGUUCUUGUGGCCGACUGCCGCAUUGUCAAGAUCUGUGAUUUUGGCCUUGCACGAGACAUCAUGAACGACUUGAAUUAUGUAGUAAAGGGGAAUGCACGGCUGCCAGUAAAAUGGAUGUCACCUGAAAGCAUAUUUGAAUGUCUUUACACCGUACAGAGUGAUGUCUGGUCAUACGGUGUGCUUUUGUGGGAGAUCCUUUCCCUGGGUAUGAGUCCUUAUCCCAAUGUUGUAAUUGAUGCACAGUUCUAUAAGAUGAUUAAAGAUGGUUAUCACAUGCCCCAACCAGAUUUUGCCCCUCAUGAAAUGUACACAAUAAUGAAAAUGUGCUGGAGUCUGGAACCAACUCAGCGUCCGACUUUUGCCAACAUCAGAGAACUUAUUGCAAAGUUACUGCCAAAUCAAACCAGCGAGCAGAACAAUGAAGACAUGUAUCCAGAGUUUCAGAGGCACCUGAUGAAAAACCUGUGUGACAGAGAGUCCGUCUGCAGAGACGAGGGCCAGCCUUUAAUGACGAGAAGUUUGACCUAACACAUGAAACUCAGACAAACUCUGACAGAAAAGGCCUUUCAAUUUUUCAUGUCUGUAUGUAGAAGUAGAGCUAACAAGAUGAGCAGAAUUUCUAUAUACUGCUAUGUAUUUUGUCUUUUCAAUGAUGAAUUUGUAAAAUCAUGCUGUAUCAUUUUGUGAUUCUUUUAUAGCAGAUCAUUUUCCUGAUAGCCCACAUGCCACACACAUACAUCUGCAAUUACAUCUGCAAGACGCAUUUUUUAGAG